AAAUCAAUCUCUUCCAUCUCCCUCUCUAUACAUGGCUCCUCCUUUUAUCUUCCCGUCAAAUAUCCAAGACCUAGAAGAAGAACCCGACGAUCACCGCCUCUAUGCCAUCUCACCAAUUGAUGUCACUAGUCUCAGCCCCUCCGAGCUCGAUGAGCUUGUUAAAGGGGUUGUUUUUGAUCUCUCCGACAGAGAUCUCUUUUGCAUCGAGGACCACGACGUAUUUGACCGUGUUUACUCCCUCGUGAAGGGAUUCUCCCUCCUCUCACCAUCUUCGAAGUACUAUCUCGUCGAGACCAUUCGGUCUAAUCUCGCUGUCCUUCUACCCAAUGUUGACUCUCUCGCGAGGGCCCCUCAGUCAUCGCCAUCCAACUCUGGUAUCGACCAGGUACCAAUGAGCGAGCGCAUUGCAGUCCAUCGGAAUGCUCUGAAGAUAUAUACGUACUUUCUUAUCACUAUAGUGCUUGUCCAGGAACCUAAACAGGAUACCUGCACGGCCUCUAAGGGUGCUGGGCAACAUUUAAAGAAGAGCUUGUGGAAUUCUGAGGCAAUUAGGGGUCGGAUAAUCAAUCUAAUAGCCAAUUCUUUAGAGAUUAACCUGGUUCUUCUGUUUGGACUUGGUGACACCGUUGGGAGCUAUCUCUCAUUCAUUUCCAAGUUUGCUUUCAGCCUUUAUGAGAACCAGGCAUUUUUGAAGGAUUUAAGCACAAAAGAUGGCCUUGGCCACAUCAUAGGUUGCAUUGCGACAAAACACAAGAGGACAGCUGAAUCAUGUGCCUCAAUCCUCCACUUGAUUUACAAAUUUGACUUUGCUGUUCCCCAUCUUGUUGAGGCGGUUGCUGCUGCAGUGAAAAGGUAUGAUGAUGGAUGCCUUGCUGUUGCUUUAAUCAGGGAAUUUGGCCUGACUGAUCCAAAGGACUAUGCAAGGGAUAGUAUCGGGGCAGAAAAUGUUGGGAGAUUCAUUGUUGAGCUUGCUGAUCGAUUGCCAAGGUUGGUGUCAACAAAUGUGGGGUUCUUGGUCCCUCAUUUUGGGGGUGAAUCUUACAAGAUACGGAAUGCUCUUCUUGGGGUCUUAGGAAAAUUGGUCGCAAAGGCAUUCAACGAUUUCGAAGGGGACCAAAGCUCCAAGAUUUUGCGUCUUCGGGGAAAGCAAGCCAUGUUAGAAAUCCUGAUUGAGCGUUGCAAGGAUGUUUCAGCAUAUACGAGAAGCCGUGUGCUUCAAGUGUGGGCAGAAUUGUGUGAAGAACGUGCUGUUUCAAUAGGACUGUGGAAUGAGUUGGCGCUAGUGGCUUCAGGAAGGUUGGAGGACAAAAGUGCAAUUGUUAGAAAAUCAGCUCUAAAUCUGCUAAUCACGAUGCUUCAGCAUAACCCUUUCGGACCACAACUUCGCGUUGAAACCUUUAGUGCAACAUUGGAGAAAUACAAAGAGAAAUUGCUUGUUUUGGAACCUGCUAGGUCAGAGGAUGAUCAUUUUGAUAAUGAAAUUACGAGUGGAGAAGACUCUCACAAGGUCGCUCCUGGUUGUGAUGUGCUAUGUGGUGAAUCCUUAGUACAAUCAGAGGUGAGUGCCGAUGAUAGUUUCUUGCCUUCUAGUCAAGCUCAAACGCAAGAGAAUGCUUGCGUCCCAGAUAUUGGAAACUUGGAACAAAUUAAGGCAUUGGUAGCGUCAUUGGAGGCUGGGCUACAAUUCUCAAAGUGCAUAGCUUCCACAAUGACAAUCUUGGUUCAACUUCUUGCUUCAUCUUCUGUGACUGAUGUGGAAAAUGCGAUUCUCUUGCUAAUGCGUUGUAGACAAUUUCAGAUAGAUGGAUCUGAUGAAUGCCUUCGUAAAAUGUUGCCUUUGGUAUUUUCCCAAGAUAAGUCCAUUUAUGAGGCUGUGGAAAAUGCAUUUGUCAGUAUAUAUAUAAGAAAGAACCCUUUAGAAACAGGCAGAAAUCUACUAAAUUUGGCGAUCAAUUCUAGCAUAGGAGAUCUUGCAGCCUUAGAAUGUCUAAUUGGUUCUUUGGUGUCGAAAGGGGAAAUAUCACAGAGCACGAUUUCUGCCUUAUGGGAUUACUUCAGCUUUAACGUCAGUGGUGUGGAGGCAGCUCAGAGCCGUGCAGCUCUGUCAGUUCUCUGUAUGGCAGCAAAAUCUUCUCCAGGGAUUCUGAGCUCUCACUGGCAAGAUAUAAUUGAUAUUGGUUUUGGACGUUGGGCAAAGGUGGAACCUUUGCUUGCAAGAACCGCAUGCGUUGCUCUUGAAAGACUGCCAGAGGAAGAUAAGAAAAAAUUACGGUGCAACGGAAGCAAUGUUUUUGGAGUCCUGCAGAGUUUAGUGACAGGGUUUUGGCUUCCAGAAAGCAUUUGGUAUGCCGCGGCUGACAAAGCUAUCAGUACUAUUUACUCCAUACAUCCAGCACCCGAAAAUUUUGCUGUUGGCAUGGCAAAGAAGUCUUUGAAUUCGGUUUUCAGUUGCACUGUGAUUGAUGAAACGCCUGAUCAAGUAGACAGUGAUGGAAUGAACUCUUCUAUAAUUUCGACAUCAAAGCUUGGUAGAUUUCUUUUUGUUAUAAGUCAAAUUGCUCUGAAUCAGUUGGUUUAUAUUGAAUCUUGUGUUAGAAAAGUCCGUUUAGAGAAAUCUAAGAAAGACAAAGCAAAGUGCGAAUCUGAGGUCGUUGAUAGCAAUUCCAAUGGUGCUACUGAUGGUAUAAAUGCAGAAUUGGGCAUUGCUGCAUCUGAUGAUGCGAUAAUCGACUCUUUAUCUGAAAGGGCAGAGAAGGAAAUUAUUUCCAGCAGUUCUUCGGAUAAAAAUGUUAUUGGAUAUUUUGCACCUUUUCUCUCAAAGCUUUGUAGGAAUGUUAAUGUGAUGCAGAAGUAUCCCGAACUGCAGCCUUCUGCAAUGCUUGCUUUAUGUAGGUUAAUGAUUAUUGAUGCAGAGUUUUGCGAAGCAAAUCUACAGCUCUUGUUCACUGUGGUUGAGAAUGCACCAUCUGAAACCGUUCGUUCAAACUGCACAGUGGCUCUUGGGGACCUGGCAGUUCGUUUUCCUAACCUUUUGGAGCCAUGGACUGAAAACAUGUAUGCUCGACUGCGAGAUCCUUCGACAUCUGUUAGGAAAAAUGCUGUUCUGGUUCUUUCUCAUCUAAUACUGAAUGAUAUGAUGAAGGUGAAAGGCUAUAUAGAUGAAAUGGCUGUAAGAAUAGAAGACAAGGACGAAAGAAUCUCAAGUCUUGCCAAACUGUUUUUUCAUGAAUUGUCAAAAAAAGGUAACAAUCCAAUUUAUAGUUUGCUGCCUGAUAUCCUUGGUAGAUUGUCUAGCCAAAACCUUGAAGAAGGCGUUUUUUACAAUAUAAUGCAGUUUUUGAUAACCUCCAUCAAGAAGGACAAACAAAUGGAAGGUCUUGUUGAGAAGCUUUGUAACCGGUUUAGUGGAGUCGCUGGUAUGCUAUUUUACUGCUACAUCUGCAAAAUUGCUUAUUGCCUUUCCCAAUUGACGUUCAGUGAGAGGGGAUUGAAAAAGCUUGUUGAGUCUUUUAAAGCUUAUGAACAUGCUCUAUCUGAAGAUUCUGUCAUGGAUUACUUCAGAGCCAUUAUCAACAAGUGUAAAAAGUUUGCAAAAACGGAGGUGAAAUCAUCCAUUGAGGAAUUUGAAGAGAAGCUCAACAAGAUCCAUGUGGAGAGGAAGGAACAAGAUGCAACUACUCGUAAUGCACUGGCCCAUCAAAAGAAAGUUGGUAACCUUGGAGGUGCAGUGAGGGCCAAGAAAGAUGCUGGUGAUAAGGCUACAGAUGAAAUUGAUGCUGAAGAUGAAACUAGUGAGGUAAUCAACCCGUCUGAGUCAUCAGAAAGUGGUCUUACAAGCACAGGAUUAGAGCAUGUGGAAAAUGGUUUGGAAGUUCAGUCACCGAAAACUUCACGCAGAGGUGUCUCUAGAUCCAAAAUAAAGGCAGACAAACAAUCACGCAUACGAGAACAAAAGAAUAGCAGCCCGAUACAAAGUACUCUUCGGAUGAACAAAAGGUCUCUCUCUUAUCUUUCUCUCUUCAUUAACCUCACCCCGUACGCACAUACAUGCUUACCAUGUUCUUAUUAAAUGUGCACAGACAAACUUAUCACAUUCUUGUUAAAUACAUAGUACAUAUUAAAGCAAUACAACAUCUAAAAUUCAUUUAUAAUUAGAAGGAAGGGAACAAGUCUAUCAUUUCAAGUUAUAGGUAUGGGCAUCAUUUCUCCUUUUCAACUCUGAGUGUACAUGACAUUAGAUCAUUUUGAGCUGAUUAUUUUGGAUUGUCAACUUUGACACAAUGCAUUUUUCUUUACUUUUUUUCCGUUCUUAUUUAGUGCAAGAAAUUGAGUUGGUAUCAAUCUUUAUUCCUUGGACUUUUUUAACCUCACACAAAUAAUCAAAUAAAAAAUGUGGGGCACAUGAUUCUUAGAGGAGAAAAAUCAGAGGAACUUACCUAGUUGAAUAACUUACUCUAUUUAUUGAAUAUCAUACAACCUAGUUGAAUAACUUUUACUAUUUAUUGAAUAUCAAUACAAAGAUCUUUUGCCUUUAUGCGAUAGUAGCGAGUUUUGCAAAAAAUGGAUAUUUUGACAGUCAAUGGAAUGUGAAAGUCAUUUAUGAAUGUACAAAAUACAUAGUGGUUAUGAUAUUAUUGAAGUAUGCUGUGGAUGGAUUUGUGGCAUACCUAGUGGUAGUGAUAGUGUAAUUUAUGCUAUUGAUCAUUGCGGCACAAGUAUGGUAGUGUACAUGUUUUAUCAGAGAUGGCUACAGAGCAAACAAAGUUGUGGGACAAGUCUUGUUUGAGAUGAUUGUGGCUCAAGCGAGUUUAUUCAUAUGUUUUGAUGUACGAAUGACUAUUAUUAAAGUGAAAGUUCGUUAGAAAUGUUAGACCCCUUAUGAACUAGCCCAAGACUAAUUAAGAUAGAGGUGAAUUGUUAUUUUAAAACAAACACAAUCUUAAAACCAAAACCAAAAUUCACCACAGA